UCGCUCGGCUAGCUUCCGCCUCGCGCGCACCGCCUCGUAGCUGCGUCGAUCUUCCUGCCCGCUGAUCUCGCUGUGUUGUCACGUGCCCCUGUGUCUAGCUUCAGUGCAGUGCGAUAGCCCCGGAGUCCCGUUCGUCGCGCUCGCUCGCAGCAGUCCUCGUUGUCGUUGCGGAUCGAAGGUAUCGGCGUCAUCAGCGCCAGCGUCAUCGCGGAUAUUAAAAGGCCGCGAGGCGAGCGCAGCGGCAAUCAAGGCACGGAGGAAGAGACAGCCAGCGCAAAGAAGGAAGGGGCGAGCCAGGCAGAGGCGAGCGGGCGCGAGUGAUGCAGCCGAGGUGAGGGCCGAGGGCUGGAUCGAUAUGGUGUUGUCGCUGACCGGCGGAUGCCGUGAUGCCCUUGCGAUGCCGCCGGCCUCCGCCCUGGGCGCAACUGCUCGUGCUCGCGCUCUCGUCGAUCGUCGCCGCCGGCGCGCGGGCCGCCCAGCCGGCCUCGCCGCCGCCGCCACCGCCGCCCUCUGCGCAGCAGCCGGCCACGCGCUACGCCUCCAGGAUCGUCGAGACCAAGCAAGGACAGAUUCGCGGCAUCCUCCAGGAGCUGAACAGCCAGCAGUUGGACCCGGUGGAGGUGUUCCGUGGGAUCCCGUACGCGGCCGCCCCAGUGGGCGAGCUGCGCUUCCGGCCGGCCCAGGAGCCCGCGGAGUGGAAAGGCGUGAAGCGCGCCGACAGCUUCGGCCCGGCGUGCCCGCAAAAGCUGCCGGACAUACGCAACGAGAGCGCCGCCCUGCAAGACAUGCCGCUCGGCCGCUACAACCAGCUCGGCAGGCUCUUCAAGUUCCUCGGCCAUCAGAGCGAGGACUGCCUCUACCUCAACCUCUACAUUCCAGCCAGCGGUGCCCGUGGACUGGAGGCGCCCUACGCCGUGAUGGUCUACGUGCACGGUGAGAGCUUCGAGUGGGGCAGCGGUGCCGUUUACGACGGCUCCGCACUCGCCAGCGCCGGGCACGUCAUCGUCGCCACCCUCAACUAUCGCCUUGGAAUCCUCGGUUUCCUGAGGACGAGGCCGAUAACGGAACAUCCAGACUCGGCGUCGAGCGGCAAUUGGGCGCUGUACGACAUAGCGAUGGGCCUGCGCUGGCUGCGGGAAAACAUCGGCGCCUUCGGCGGCGACCCGACUCGCGUGACCAUAGUCGGCCACGACACGGGCGCCGCCCUGGUGAAUUACUUGCUGCUGGCGCCCUUCGGCAAAGGUCUGUUCCACAACGUGGUCCUGCUGAGCGGCUCGGCGCUGAGCCCCUGGGCUGCGGUUCACGACCCGAACGAACUGCGGACGCAGGUCGCCAAGCAGCUCGACUGCCGCUACGAGAACGACGAGGAUAUCGCUGAGUGUCUGCGCGCCUCAUCCCUCGAGGCCAUCCUCGGCGUCGAGCUCAACGAGAUUAAAUUCAUGCCGUCGAUCGGACCGAGCGUGCCGGUGGACGGCUCCCACCCGGAACCGGGCCUCGACAUGGAGCGGCUGAGCGAUGCGUUCAUCAAGGUGCCGCUGGUGCUGGGCUGCAGCACCGCCGAGUCCUAUCUGGACUUCAACGCCAACGACAUCCAAUACGGCUUCGAGGAGGACCAGCGCAAUCGGGUGCUGCGCACCUUCAUCCGCAACGCCUACGUGUAUCAUCUUAACGAGAUCUUUAGCGCGGUGAGGAACGAGUACACCGACUGGGACAAACCGGUGCUGCACCCCAUCAACAUCCGCGAGUCGACCAUGGAAGCGCUCAGCGACGGCCACACGGUUGCGCCCCUCAUGCGAAUCGCCUUCUACCACGCCAGGCGCGGGGCCAACACCUACUUCUUCCACUUCAAUUACCAGACUAAGGACAGCGACUAUCCGCAGAGGCUGGGCAGCGUACGAGGCGAGGCGAUCCCGUACGUGUUCGGCUUGCCGCUGAUCGCAGGCGGCCGCUUCUUCCCGCAAAACUACUCGCGCGCCGACCAGGGCGUCGCCGAGGCGGUGCUCACCUUCUUCACCAACUUCGCCAAGACGGGCAACCCCAACGAGCCGCACCACAUCGAGACCGUGGACUACGGCACCGUCAAGGAGAAGACUCGCUAUCGGGGCCUCACUUGGGACAAGUACGAGACCGGCAGCCAGCAGUACCUUAUGAUCGCCCUCAAGCCGAAGAUGAAGAACCACUACCGGGGACACAAGAUGGCGGUGUGGCUGAACCUUAUCCCGCAGUUGCACCAGCCAGGCGACGAUGUCUCGAUGAAGCACCACCACUUCCGGGAGAAGGAGGACGCCUUCUACGCGGGGCCGGUGCGCGACGAGUGGUACACGCCGGUGCCACUGCCGGGCGGCGGCGGCGACGGCGGCAGCGGCGGCCGAGCGAGCAGCUCGUCGUCGACGACCUCGUGCGCGACGCCGAGCCGUGAGGACGCCGAGGAGGGCCAGGAGGGCGCACAACGGCGCGGCACGCCGGCCACGCAGAGCGCCAACGCCAUACUGGACGACAACAAGGACGACGCGGAGCUGCUGCAGCGGCUGGCCUCGCGCCACUACUACAGCACCACCACCGCGCUGGCCAUCACCGUCGGCGUCGGCUGCAUCCUGCUCGUGCUCAACAUGCUCAUCUUCGCCGGCAUCUACUACCAGCGCGACCGCGACAAGAAGCGCGCACGGGUGGCGCUGGGCGCCUCCGCCGGCAACGGCCACGACAGCCUGCCUAUGAGCAGCCGCUGCGGCAAGGAGGGCGCCGAGCGCAGGGCCUCCUCCGCCCAGGAGGCGCCGCCCAGCUACACCAGCCUACCCAAGAGCCCGACCUCCGUGCAGGACCAGGCGCAGGACUCGCAGCGCUGUCACGAUCGCGUGAGCACGCUCAGCCGGCAGAAGGACCCGCAUCCGCCGCGGCCGCCGCAGCGCACCUCCAGCUCACUGAGCGCCGGAGCGGCCGUCGGCACCGUCAAGAAACGCGUCCAGAUCCAGGAGAUCACCGUAUAGCAU